UGUACAUCAAGUCAGAGGGCUGUUCAGACAGAGCCUGUGAGACAGCUUCCCUGCAAUCCCAUCACCUGAGAGACCCUGGCAGUCAUGGACAGCUUCCUGAUGAAGAGGAAAAACUUCCUCUACAAUUUCAAGAACCUGCGCUGGGCCAAGGGCCGUCGUGAGACUUACCUCUGCUAUGUUGUGAAGCGCCGUGACAGUGCCACCUCUUGCUCCCUGGACUUUGGAUACCUGCGCAAUCAGAUGGGCUGCCAUGUGGAGGUGCUCUUCCUGCGCUACAUCUCAGCCUGGGACCUGGACCCAGGCCGCUGCUACCGUAUCACAUGGUUCACCUCAUGGAGCCCCUGUUAUGACUGCGCCCGACAUGUGGCUGACUUCUUGCGGGCCUAUCCCAACCUGACCCUCCGCAUCUUCACUGCCCGCCUCUACUUCUGCGAGGAUCGCAAGGCAGAGCCUGAGGGGCUGAGGCGCCUGCACAGGGCUGGGGCCCAAAUUGCCAUCAUGACCUUCAAAGAUUACUUCUACUGCUGGAACACAUUUGUGGAGAACAGGGAAGAGACCUUCAAAGCCUGGGAGGGGCUGCAUGAAAACUCUGUCCGUCUGUCCAGACAACUCCGACGGAUCCUCUUGCCGCUCUAUGAAGUAGAUGAUUUACGAGAUGCCUUUAAAACCCUGGGACUUUGAAGUGAAAGUCAUCAACAAUCAGAAGACUACAUAAACACUUGUCCUUCAUCUCCAACUCUAUUCCUCACAGUAGAUCUUUCUCUUCUUCCCUCUUUUCAUCUCUCUUCCUUCCAGCCCUGUGUCCAGAGAGAUAAGACUAUCCUUACUUUUUCAUUUCCAAGGAAAAUUAGGCUGGUCUUCUGAAAACACAUUGCCCUAGAUUCACACCUUAUCCAUUGCCAUCUGGGAAUAGCCAGGACUGUAGUGACAUUGCCAGAGAGCGAUUUGCCCUCCUUUGGCCCCUGCAGAGAGAGAGCUAAUUCAGGUUGUCCACUCACAUGAGUGCUAGGUUCAGCCUUGCCCAGGUAGGAGCAGAGACUGCAAAGCUGUGCACUUCACUCUGUUCUCACUGACACUGCAUUGAUCUGCAUGUACCACUAGGGCUUUGGGGAAUAUGUCUCUUAGAGUUGCACUACAUUGAGUGUCCUUCCCUAUUAGAUAGUUUAUCUGUCUUUCUGGAUGUGGGCAGGCUCUUGAAGACCACCAGCAUUUUAAGUGGUCUAGCCAAUGUCUUAACAGCAAAAUUCUGUAAGAUGACUGUGGGCUGAAGGCAAUUCAUGAACAGCAGCCAAGGCUAACUCUUCAUGAAAGACUUGCUGAGAGGCAACUGAAUUGUCAGUUUCCAAAGAUCUGCCAUCUUGUGUACCACAAUAUUGUCUUCCCAUAGUGCUGCCCUUACAGGAGAGGCUGAAAUCAGAAUACCUGUGAAAUAAUCACAAAACCUCCUGUACAGGCCCAGUCCCUAUUAUAUCUUCUGUCCAGAAAGGAGGGAGAUUCAGUAGCUACAUGUCCAGGUUCAUGCCCUGGGAGAGGCUGAAACUAGCAGAAUAUUCUCUGGAUGACAUUUUCAGGAGUGAGCUGCAAUUCUGGGUGUCCAGGAAGACAUUUUCUGUGCAGAAACAGGAAGCCCACUCAAUUCCUGUUAAUUACAUUGAGAGCCAUGGCAGCUCUGGGCCAGUGCUGAUCAGUGUAUGGACCUCUCAUCCAGCCAGGAAAGGACUCACCAAGACACUUCACACUGCAGUGUUUUCCAGUCAUACAUCUACUGGUUCAGCAUGUGCAAAAAUGCUACAUUUCCACAUUGUAAUGUCCCUUAGACUUAGUUUCUCAAUCAUGUAGGCUGAGGCUGUGGCAUUUUAGAUGAUGCAUUGGCAUCCAGAUCAGGCACUGUCUGUUUCUUGACAUACCACAGGGCAGAGGACCACAGCUCCCACUACUGGAGUACCUCCCAGCCACGGAGCAUUUCCUCUUAAAUCAGACUUGAGAUAUGCUCCCUCUGCAGCCUGCUGUCCUCUGCUGGAAGCAACCUAGCAGUCCCACAGUAUUGUUUGUUCAGGCAUUUUUACCACUCAUACACUAGCUAGAUACAUCUAGUUGGUGACUGGCCUGAGACCUGGCCAGCAAAACACCUGGCAUGAACAAAGGUGUACAGCCUGUCAGUACCUUCUAUAGGGUGCAAAAUCAAAACAUCCUUCUGUCUGACAAUCACUAUUUCCACUAGGGGAACCCAUUAGCAUUGCUAGAAGCCUGGUCUUGUAGACAAAGUCUUUACUAGGUUGAAGACAUUGGUUGAUAGCUAUACUCCUACUACCACCUUUUUACUGCUUAAAUUGCAGCUGAAUUGUUCUCUAUGGCCUAAUCUCUUGAGGCUUUCCCUGAUCUUAUUGUCAGCGUCCCAUGCUCUGGGGAUGCUCUGUCCUUUCCUUCAUGGUAGCAGCAAGCUCUCUAGUGCACCUUGUUCCUCUUUCUGGGUAAGGCUCCCAUGUUGCUCCUCACAAUGCUUCCUCUGGUGAUGGAUCAGCACCAAGACAGUAAAGCUCUGCUCCCACAGUGCUUCCUGCUAGCAGAGGUCAGAGCUGGGUGCAUCACAAGCUUCCUACAACUUCAGGCUCCUGAGGCACUCAUCUCAGGGAAUCUGGACCAGGAAUACCAGUGUUAGUUCUUUGCAAAGCAUUAAUUUGCAAGCAUGGUGCUGUAUAUUUCCUUGAUAUGGUGCAUAUUAUUUAUACAUAAAUAAAGGUCUUGCAUAUAA